AUGCCCUCUCAAAAGCCCGGAGCAGCCAAAAAAACACCCGCAUCUACAAAAGGUGGCCAGAAGCCACAAACUGGAGAGAAAAAAGGAAAUUAUAAUCCGCGUCGCAAAAUCCAUACCCUUGAUCCAGCAGCAUCCAAGAAGCCCAAACCAGCAGAGGUCCGAAUCAAACAACUAUUUGCUUCACUAUGCGCCCAAAUUGAUGGAGCGCAUCUUACGAACGCUAUCAAAACCUUUCUUCGUCUUACUCCUGACGACGCCGACGUGAUACAAACGAAAUUAUUCUUGUUGCUUCAAACAGACCAAUAUGCUCGAGCUUUGGAAAUAGUGGAGACGGUCUCUGGAGGAUCUGAUUCGAGGCAACUAGAGAAGGCAUACUUACUCUAUCGCCUGCAUAAGGAGAAAGAAGCUAAGGCGGUUGUCGACCAAGCCAAGGCAAAGGGGCAUCUGACGGAGGCCUACAGGCUUGGAGACUACAGUGUGUCGAAGGAGAUUUAUGAUCGCAUUCUGGACGAGGGCGAACUGAACGCCGAAGAACAAACCGAUAUCAAUACUAAUCUGAGCGCUGUUCAAAGCCAUAUCGACUUCUUGCAAUCCGGAUUUUACGAUUCGCUGCGCGCUUCGGGGGUUAACGUUUCGCAGCUGGAAGAUGCCCCAGCUCCGGCCCCACCGUUGCAGCCAAUACAUUCACCGGCUCCUCUCAAGGGCCCUCGUAAAGGCCGUCUGCCGAAACAUGUUGUUCUCGGCGUUACACCUAUGCCAGAUCCCGAGCGGUGGAUCAAGAAGCGCGAACGAACGUAUGUCACGUUCGCCCAAGGUCGUAAAGGCAAAGGCAAAGGGAGGAAGGAGGGCGCGACUGCAGGCUAUUCUCAAGGGGUCAACGUUGCACCUGCGGUGGCAGGAGUUAUGGAAGGCGGCGGAAGUGGUAGUGGACAUGUUCCAAAAUCUGGCGGGGGCGGAAAGGGACGCAAGAAGAGUAUGACGCGAUGCAACGAAUGUAUGAAUGAAAAACUUCAGAUAGAAUUUACUCAAAACUACAUCUGA